AUGGAAUCCAUGCCUAGAAAAAAGAGAGAUCCCAAAUACUAUAGGUGCUCUCUCUGCAAUAGACUUGCUGCUAGAAAAUUUAAACCGCUUGAUAUUCAUGCAGCAGCUGAACAAUAGAAAUACUAUAAAAAUCUUCAGUAAUAUCAAUAAUCAAGAGAUUUCAGAAGAAUACAUGAGCACAUUGCUUAAACAGAGGAAUUGCUUUGCCAUAAAUGUAAGAGGCCGUAUUAUGCUUAAAAGUAUCUUGAUACAAAGCAAAUGUUUAGAAGAUGUGAGGCAUUGCUAUUGACUAUUUUGAAAAUAAUUAAAAAUUACGGGAAGUAUUAUAAAGUUGAAGAUGACAAUGAGAAUAUGAAGUAAGUUAAUUUGAUAGAAAGUCAUUAUCUUCCAAAAGUAAAGGAAAUCACUGCUUAGCCGUUCAUUGAAGUCAAAGAUUUUAAGGUGAUAGUUGAGAUUUAUCUAGCAUAUCACAACGUCAGAUUAGAGAUAUUGCGUCACAUAAUGCCAAAAGUAGAAGAAGAUGAUGCAAAGAAUCCUAAGAAAAUCGAAUAGAAGGAAAAACAAAGGUUGAUAGAUGAGGAUAGAAAAAUGAGAUACAAAUUUUAAUUCAAAAUGGCAGAUAGCACAAAGAUGGCAAGAGUUGAAAAAAAGGCAGAUAGUAGAUUAGAAGUAUAUAGAAGAUAAUCAUAAAAAUUCAUAAUAAAGUACAGAGAGACUGUGGAGUUUAACAAGACUCAGUACUACCAUAAUAUGCCUUAAGAUUUCAAGAGAAAGGAAAUGUUUUGUUUAAAAUUAGGCUCCAAACUUGGCAAUAGAUUUUAUGACUGGGAUCCUGGUAACCCUUAAUCUCGUUGGAUAAAGCAUUAUAAAGAAAGUUAAAAUUGCCCAAUAGAUGAGGUAUUUCAGCUGUUAGUAUUCAAUGGUUAUUUAUAUAUGUUUACGAGGUACGGCAUUAUGAUAUAUAGUGUAUUUGAUAUGAUUAACCCAGCAAAACUUAUUAAAUUUUAAGAAGUUGAUAAUAAAGAUGGAACUAACCUCUAUCAUGAUUAUUUUGAUAGAGCAGUAAAAUGCCAUUUGACUAAGCAGGUGAUAGUGGUCUUUGAAUAAUGCAUAUGGCUUUUGGAUGGUCUUAAUUUUUCUGGACCUUUCUUUCAUAAGAUGACUAUAAAGUUUUUUGAUUUUAAGGUAUGGAUCAUUAAUAAGUCAACCUUCGUGAUACUAGUUCAUGCCUCAGGGAAUGUAUUGGAAAUUACAGUAUUUAAGAUGAAAGAUGGAAAGAUUGUUAGCAGCAGUCCAUUUACUACUGAAGAAUUAUAAAAGUUAAAUUCAGUUCAUCCUCACACAGGUGCAUUAAGAGGCCAAGUAAAAGUGAAUUACAUAGGAAAUAAGAAGUUUACCUUUCAUUAUAAAAAGAGGACUAUCUAUUUUAAAUUCAAUUUCAAGAAUCACACAUUCAAGGAAUAUCACAAAUACUAGAAUCACAAUUAGCAGUGGAAUGUACCGUUCAUGGAUUUGUUCCACUAUUCAAAUGAGGCUAUUAUUGACAACUGCAUUUCACUAAACAGAUGGAAAUUGAAGAUGAAAGAUCGUAAGAAGCAAAUGCUAAAGAUUAGCACUCUCAUUAAUUUUGACCAUAAACCGGCAUCUUUACAAUAGAAAUAUUGUCCACAUUUGAAAUAUGAAAAGUACCCUUUAAUCGGAGUUUGUGAUACCUUCGAAUAUGUUGUUCAUAACAUGAUGAACAAUGAAAUGGUUAUGUUGAUGGAUAAAAGAGAUGUUAGAUGCACUCAGAGGAAUAGACAUAAGUGGCAAGCAUUUAAUAAGAAUCUCCAGUUUUGCAGGAUCAAUCUAGGAUCCAGUAAUCGUAAUUCUUCAAGAAACAUGUAUGCAAUGGUUAGCUUGAGAAAUCCAAAUUAGGUCCUAAUAAUGUAUUGA